AUGGCGGUGGCCACGGUGCUAGGUUCCCUGGGCAUGGUGGCCCUGGGCACCUUCGUGGUGGUCCUGCUGCUGCGGUGGCUCUGGGAUGUGCUGGUGGCUGUCACCCAAUUCCGGGCCACUUGUCACCAGCUGAACAAGUUCCCCAUCCUGCCCUGGCACAAUUGGUUGCUGGGACACACUGGCAUGGGCCAGAGCACGGAGGAAGCCCUACAGCAGGUGGACACCUUGGUGGCCCAGUACCCUCAUGGCUGUCUCUGGGUGGUGGCCAUUGGGGAAGAGUGGUGGCCACGAAUGGGAUUUGGCCGUAGACCGGUGGCCCCAGGUGGCCCCUGGCUCAUCUCACCCCCGCAGGACGAGAACGGCCACACCCUGUCGGACGAGGACAUCGCGGCUGAGGCUGACACCUUCAUGUUUGAGGGUCAUGACACCACGGCCAGUGGCCUGGCAUGGCUCUUCUACAACCUGGCUGGCCACCCUGAACACCAGGAGCGAUGCCGCCAGGAGGUCCAGGAGCUCCUGGCUGGCCAGGACACUGCAGACAUUGAAUGGGAGGACCUGUCCCAGCUGCCCUUCACCACCAUGUGCAUCAAGAACAGCCUGCGGCUGCACCCUCCUGUCACUGCUGUGUCCCAGUGCUACACUGAGGACAUCCCCCUGCGUGAUGGCCGUGUCACCCCAAGGGUAUGGCAUGGCCAAGGGGUCAUGUGCCCGAUGAGCAUCUAUGGGACCCACCACAGCCCAGACCUCUGGCCUGAGCCUGAGGUGUUCAACCCUCUGAGGUUCAGCCCAGAGAACACCAAGGGACAGUGCCUGUUGUCCAUCAUCCCCUUCUCUGCUGGCCCCAGGAACUGCAUCGGGCAGAGCUUUGCCAUGGCUGAGAUGAAGGUGGCAGUGGCACUGACACUGUCCCGGUUUGCGCUGCGGAGGGACACGGCGAGGCCACCCCCGCGCCGCAAGCCCGAGCUGAUCCUGCCUGCUGAGGAUGGGCUCUGGCUGCUGCUGGAGCCACUGGGAGUAGCUGAUGGACACGGGUCACCUGGACAUGGGGACAUCCUGCCACGGAGCUGUCACAGCCAGGGAAAGAGCAGGGAAUAA